UGGCUUCCUGGCUUGACAGCUGUCACUGUACGCCGAGGUCAAGGGGAGAGAAGCAUGGCUGCGUUGUUUAGAGGGUCCCGAAAUGUGUUGCUAAGGUGGAAUAAACAUGUCGACCUUGCCUUCGUGUCAAGUCGGUCAAUGGCUUCAAAGACACCAGUGGGGUUUAUUGGGCUGGGAAACAUGGGCAGUCCAAUGGCAAAGAACCUGCUGAGAAAUGGCUACCCUGUUAUCGCCACUGACGUCUUCCCUGAGUCCUGCAAGGAGCUGCAAGACCUGGGUGCUCAGGUUGUGGACUCUCCAGCAGAAGUUGCAGAUAAAGCAGACCGCAUCAUCACCAUGCUACCUUCCAGUCCCAACGUCAUAGAGGUCUACACAGGUCCCAACGGCAUCCUCAAGAAGGUGAAGAAGGGAACACUGCUGAUUGACUCCUCCACCAUUGACCCUGCCGUCUCCAAAGAGAUGGCAGUCGCUGCAGAGAAGAUGGGAGCUGUGUUCAUGGACGCUCCAGUGUCAGGGGGUGUUGGGGCAGCCAGCCUGGCCAAGCUGACCUUCAUGGUAGGUGGAGUGGAGGAGGAAUACCAUGCUGCACAGGAGCUGCUCACCUGCAUGGGAGCGAACGUUGUUUACUGCGGGCAGGUUGGCACUGGACAAGCAGCUAAGAUCUGCAAUAACAUGCUGCUAGCCAUUGGGAUGAUUGGAACUGCAGAGACCAUGAAUCUUGGCAUCAGACUGGGUUUGGACCCCAAGCUGCUUGCCCAGAUCCUCAACAUGUCUUCAGGCCGUUGCUGGUCUAGCGAUACGUACAACCCAGUCCCCGGCGUCAUGGAGGGAGUUCCCUCUGCCAACAACUACCAGGGCGGCUUUGGGACCACGCUAAUGGCCAAGGAUUUAGGUUUAGCCCAAAACACUGCCACUAACACAAAGACACCCAUCCCUCUGGGCUCCCUGGCGCACCAGAUUUACCGCGUCAUGUCUGCUCGCGGCUACGCUAACAAGGACUUCUCAUCCGUCUUCCAGUUCCUACGCGAGGAGGAGGGACAGUGAAUGGAGGGGGAGCAGAGCUGAAACCCCCUACCUCUACACACAGACACACACACACACACACACACACACCACAACCCCACACCACAGUGCCCCUUUCCCCACUAUGCUCAGGAGAGACUAAGGCCUUGCCCUCAGGCACAGAUCUGUGGUCCAAUUAACAUACUGUAUGUAGACACGUGCCCACCCCUCCAUCCCUCAUUGUAUCAGAUGCAUCAUAUUUUCAAAUCCCAGCUCUCCCUCUGCACAGGAAAAACAAACCCUAGAUCAGUAUCUAGAGCCAAACCUCUUCCUCUCCAGCCCCCUUCCUCUGUUCAGCCUAAGAAGCCAGUGUUAAAGGACGACAGGCAGUAAGAAGCAUAGCACGGUUACAUGUUGUUUUAACACCAUGUAAAUGAGAGUGAUUGAUAAAUCAUAAUUACACUUAGUACUUGAUUUUAUUUGUUUUUUUUUUGUUUGUUUGUUUUUUGUUUGUUUUGUUUGUUGGGUUGUCAGUUUUUUUGUGGUUUGCCUGCUACCCAUAUGAAACUGGACCAGCCUCUUUCUACAGCAUGAAAGAGGAAAAAAAAAACAAAACAAAGCGGAGACAAUGGAAGAGUAGCAGUCUUUCAUUGGUCAAUGUGUUUUCAGUGGCUGUCAGACUGAGUAGCACUCACUGUACCUUGGCAUUCAUUAGUUCUUUUUUUUUUUUUUUUUUAAAUCCUGCAUUCACAGCACUAUAGAUAAGGUUACCAAAAUUAGCCACACUAUUGGCUGAAAAGUUUACUCGUUUUGUCAAGUUUGCCUGCUUUUGGUGGUCGGCUGGUAGAUUUCAGUCAGUAAGCAACCUGUCCACCUGUUCACUACUAUAUUCACUUAUUUGUUCCUUUAUUUCAUUGUAUUUUUUUUUACCUUGAUAAUACACUAGACUUAGAUCCAGGUAUUUGGUAGUAUGUUUAAGUCACUGCAUAUUUGACCAACCAGUUACAUUUUUUUAAAUACUGUGAAAUAUAUUUGGUUACUUUUGCACUGUGUGCGUCGCAGUGCGAUGCAUUGGGCUCCUGAGCUGUUUUGAUAUACCUCCUCUUAGUUACUGAAUCUAUUUGAACUUACCUCUAUGCUGUAUUGUCUAUACUGUCCAUACCUGUUCAACAUCCUUUUUGAAAUCUUGUUACUGCUCAUCGCAAAAUUUUGUGCUCACUCUCUGGCACUUGCUCUUGCCCUUUUUACUUCAGAGUCUUUCCUGUUAUGUUGUUUCUUCUUCUUCUUCCUUCUCCUCCUCCUCCUCUCUCUCUCUCUCUCUCUCUCUCUCUCCCCCUCUCUCACUCUCUCUCUCUCUCUCAAGCCCAUCAUACAACAUCUGUGUAAAGCACCACUGAGUCAAGGCUCCUCCUUGCUCUGUGCAAAUGUACAUAUUGUAUAUUUUAUUUUCUUGUGUUGUAUUGAGGAGAAAUUCAAAAUACAUUGUCAUGUUUUAUUUUUUGUGUUUUGCUGUAAACUGGUUGAGUAAUAGAGCAUCUACAGUUUGUCUUUGUUCUGUAAAGAUUCUCAGUCACACUGUAGCGUGAAAUAAAACAAAUUCUGUCUAUCAUU